AGACCGAGUAGCCGCAUGAUCGACAGAUUCUCAGAUGGCCGGGUUCUCAUCGCCGGAGAUGCCGCUCAUAUUCAUCCUCCUACGGGUGGGCAGGGACUGAACUCUGGUCUGCAAGAUAUGAUGAAUCUAGGCUGUGGCUUAGUUCCUGCCUCGAUCUUGUCCAGCUACAACGAGGAGCGUCAUCCAAUGAUCAGGACUAUGCUCCAACUCACGGGCCACCUUGACACGAAGACUCGUGACAAUAUGCAAGACGGGCUCAACCGAAGCACUGACUUGAGCAUGCUUGAGAUCAACUAUCGCUGGAGCCGCAUCGUCGUCGAUGAUCAG